CCUGAGACAUCAUGGCGGUUACCCCAGAAUUGAGCAAGCAAACAAAAAGGAAAGAGAUAGCAGGGAUCCCCCUGAUGUCUGAAACUGUGGACAACUGGAGCCAGAUUCAGACCUUCAAGGCCAAGCCAGAUGACCUCCUCAUCUGUACUUACCCUAAAUCAGGAACAACAUGGAUUCAAGAGAUUGUGGACAUGAUUGAGCAGAACGGGGAUGUAGAGAAGUGCCGGCGGGCCGUCAUUCAACACCGACACCCUUUUAUUGAGUGGGCACGGCCACCCCAGCCAUCAGGUGUGGAUAAAGCCAAUGAGAUGCCAUCUCCAAGGACACUAAAGACCCAUCUUCCCACUCAUCUGCUGCCACCAUCUUUCUGGACAAGCAACUGUAAGUUCCUUUAUGUGGCUCGAAACGCCAAAGACUGCAUGGUUUCCUACUACCACUUCUAUAGGAUGAGUCACAUGCUGCCAGAACCGGGCUCCUGGGAUGAGUAUUUUGACAACUUCAUCGACGGGAAAGUAAAUUGGGGAUCCUGGUUUGACCAUGUGAGAGGAUGGUGGGAGAUUCGAGACAGAUACCAGAUUCUCUUCCUCUUCUAUGAAGAUAUGAAGAGGGACCCAAAGCAUGAAAUCCAGAAGGUAAUGCAGUUCAUGGGAAAGAACUUGGAUGAAGCGGUGCUGGAUAAAAUCGUCCAAGAGACAUCAUUUGAGAGAAUGAAAGAGAAUCCUAUGACAAAUCGUUCAACCGUUCCCAAAUCUAUCCUGGACCAGUCCAUUUCCCCUUUUAUGAGAAAAGGAACUGUAGGUGAUUGGAAGAACCACUUCACAGUGGCUCAGAAUGAGAGGUUUGAUGCAAUCUAUAGACAGAAGAUGGAAGGAACAUCUAUAAACUUCUGCAUGGAACUCUGA